AUGGCCCCCCUUUCCGAUGGAGACUGGCUUGGACAAGAGGAGAAACAGGAGAAGCAUGACCGGAGGGAGCGGUUCUUCUUGCAAGAGAGGAGAAACUGCAAAACUUCAUUCAAGCUCCAGGUUGAUCCAAGUCGUCCACUCGGCUUUGCGUGCCGAGUUUCUGUUAACGACUGCUUUGCGACUGGGAGCUGCCGCCAAAGAAUUGAAAAUGCACCCAAGCGCCGGAAUAGCCGCCAGCUGGAGGUUUUCUUCCUCGCUGCGCGCCCCUGGACCCAGGUUUCAGGUGAAUCCCACCACGGCCGCGUCGAUCAGGAACCAGAACUGCCAAAACAGAGUUCAGAGUGGCAUAACCUGCUGGACUUUGAAUUCCGGGAUGCGCGGAACUGGCCAUACGGCAUAGUUUCGAGUAUUCGCCAGGUGAAGAAAGUCCAGAACUAUCAAGCCGAGAGCACAGACACCAAGUUCGCCAACGGCCAAACCCCGACAAGCCUUUCACGCCGUUACGGGCAUGCAGGCGCAGAAAGCCGCCGGCGGCUAGGACGAAUAAGGGCGACCACUGUGGAUGUAGAACAAUCUACAAGCGACCGAUUCGGGGCUUCGACCAGCUCGGGCCAGGUUCACCUACAAGGGUAUGUGCUGCAAGCGAGCUAUUUCGACAACGUGGGCGGCUUGGGUGUUCGCCGGCGUCGACGACCGUGUUUGGUGGGAAAUGGAUCCCGCGUACAUGUUGCUCCAAUGUUUCAAACGAAGAGCACUUCGACCAAAUCGUCACUGAAGCCUACUCCUAUCGUGUGA